CUGAGCUCACCGCGCCCCAGGGCUGUAUAUCAAGACGCGCAGCUGAGCACGUACUCGCCCGAUGGCGGGAAUGUCAUCGCAUCGCAGACUCUCAACGAAGCCAAAGUCUACGAGAUUUUGCGGAAGAAUCCCCAUCCUGCGCUGGGAAUGUGCCUCGGCUGCGUGGUCAGCGACGAUGGACUCGUUACAGGGCUCGAGCUCGUGCGCUACGAGAAGACGCUGUUCCAGCGGGCGCAUGAUCCGGCAUUCUACGAGGGCGACACGCGGGUCAAGACCAUGGAGACUGUGAAAGAGGCCGUACUCCACCUGCACAACCUCGGCCUGGCUCACAACGACCUCAGCCCGCUCAACAUCAUGUUUGGGCGGGGAAACAGCGACGAGCCUGUCGUGCUAGACUUUGAUACAUGUCAUCCGGAAGGGACGAAACUCGCCAAAGGAGGAAUCGUAGGGGAUUGGGAGGGGACAUCGAUCAAAAAGUUUGACGUGUCUUCUUUUGAGUGUGACUUCCAGGCACUGUCCUAUCUCGAAGACUGGCUCUUGAGACAGCAAAAGGCUUUCAUGCGAUGUCUUGAUGAUUGCAGUACGGCUGUCGAACACGCCGUCAACUUGACGCCUACCCUUGCACUGAGUUCCUGA